CUAACGCGUCCGUACCGUAAUGCCUAGUAAAUACACGCACGACGAAACCAAGUGGCGGCUGCUUUGAUCGCAGUGUGGAAAAAAUGACGUGGUCUGAGGCCUUUUUGUCUUCAAAACUCACUAAAAAACUUUAUUCGAAAUAUUCAACGAAACAAAAAAAACUAAUUGAGCCCAAAGUGGGUCCCUCUGGUUGCCCUAGUAAUUUUUUUUUUUUUUAAUAAACUUUAUUAAGGCAGUAGGGUGGGGUGUAAUACAAAAAAAUACAUCAGAACGUCGCCAGGGGGUUUCAAUAAAUCAUAAAGAGGUUGUCAUACAAAAAUAUUAUAAAAAUUACAAAUAUUCAGAGUUUUAGCAGCUUUCAAAUUAGUAAAGUCUUUAAUAGAAUUAAUAUAUUGCCUGGUUUCACUUAUAAAUAUAGAAAAGAGGGGAUUUUUUUUUUUUGUGUAUCGAGAUUUAUGUAUGUGAUAUUUUGCCAAUAGUAUAAUUAGAUUUAUAAUGUAAUAUUGAUUUUUUUUGUGUAUGGGAAGUCAGUGAAACUUGCCCUAGUAAUGAAACCCUAAGUUUUCGUAUCCAUGGUAACAAGGUACGCUGACGCUAAACCGGAGCAGAGUUCACUGUAUUCGGUGUAUUCACUGUAUUCCGUUGAUAGAAGAGCACAAUGUCCCGAAAAGCACUGAAAGUGGUGGUUGAAUUGAAGUUCAGAGCGGUUUCUUGUCCUGGAGUUCAUUUGCCAGCCAAGGAUGAUAUCUACCUCAGCGUGUGCUUCAUGGGCCAGUACCGCCAGUCUGAAUGUCUCCCUGCUGUCUUUCCACUGCUGUUUCAUGAGAAGAUGACCUUUGAAAAGAUUUUCAGGCACACAGUUGACCCUGGGGACAUCGCUAUAAUGCUUGAGUAUGAGACAGUCACGAUUGAACUGGUGCAACUGAAUCCUCGAGUGGCAGACACUCUGGCCUACUUUGAAGAUGAUGUCCGACAUUUCUUAUUCCCAGAGCCCAAACUGGUUCCCUGCUCCUCUGGAGUGGAUCGAGAGGUUCUGAUGACCCGAGUACCUCACUUUCCAGGUAUCGCUCCAAGGUUGGAGUUUUCCACCAAGACAACCAUCAUUGAGUGCUCAGCUUAUGCAGAGACAAAUAUUUACCCCAAUGUACCCAUGAGACCAAAGAUAAAGAGAAACAGGAAACAGUCCAGCAGACCCAGGAGCUCCUCUCCUCAGAGGAAACAACCUCAAACCAGUGGAAGGAGACGAGGUGGCAGCGCCGACACAGAAAGACCCAGCAGCGACAGGUGGCCUUCAUACGUCCCCAGAGCUCAGUCCCUGUCCCCUCUAAGAGCUGGAAACACACAGCGCCUGUCUCGGCCCAGUCUGGCCUCUGCAGCUCCCAGUCCAGCCAACUGGGACACAACCAGCACAUACCAGCCCGUUACUAAACUGGAUUACAUGAGAUAUUCUCCAACUGGCAGCAGAAAAUCCUUACACAAUGGUUUGGUUGGAGGGAUACCAAGAGUUGACUCCGGCUCUUCAGAAACAUUUGACCCAGUUGACUUCCAACGAGGCCCCGAGGCUUUAGGGCUGUCACGGUCUUAUAGGGAACUGGCCAGGCACAGCAGUUUGCUUUCCAGCUCUCACAUAGAAUGGGAGGAUGUCCAGGAGCGUGUUCGGGGACUCCUUACAACACCAAAAGCUGUACGCAGACUUGCCUAUGGGGCCACACACUCAGAGGUAGAUGAGGUUUUAGCCAGGAGGUCCAUCUCUCCAGGUCCACCAUGGUGACCUGGCCCGGUUCUGGAAAGGAAUGUCACCUUGCCGAUUAAGUCUUCAGAUGUCAGGACUCACCUGACGUGUGUGUGAGUGCAUGUUUGUAGAGAGAAGUAUUUCACUGCAUUGAUUUGAUAAAUGUCCACAUACACUGUUUUAAUGAUUGGAAAAAAAAUAAUGUGUUACGUGUUAAAAUAAACCUUUUAAACAGAGGAGUCAGUAGUUUGAGUUUGACGUCAUUAGUCCCUGUGUUUCUAUUCUAUCAGCUGACAUUG